ACCAAUAGUAGGUAGAGGGGUACAAUAAUAAUAAAAUUCAACAGUCACGUACCUACCCGCCAGAUUCUACCAUGUAGGUAUCUACCAUGAGAUCGGAGCGAGAGGGUCGUUGCCGAGUUUCAGCAGUUUAUUUUCAGCAGUUAGUGGUUAACCGAGGCGGCAGCAACACUUCACAUCCAUAGUAUCACCCGGCAGGCCAUGGCAUUUUAAAAUUUGACUGCCAUUUUAGAUUUACCAAAAAACUAUUGUCCGCUAGAACGUUAGCAAAUUAUCAUCUGUUUAGAUGUCCGGUCUUAGUGCGGCAGCGAUGAUGACCAACGGGCAGAAUCCGGCUGUCCCGGCGGGGACCUUCAAGGACGAACUGGACGACUUUGAGCGGUUUGCUCUGGAGAGUUUGGUCCGGAACGAAUGGGGCCUGAAGGUGGCCACCCUCAAUCGGUUGAUGUACUGCGGAGUUUCGGUCGAAUGUUUGGAGGUGAUUGAGGAGCACGAUCUGAAUGACAUCUUCAACGACGAGCGGGCCAUCGGGCAGAAGAUACUGCUGCGGCAUCGGUUGCGCGAGUGGCGCAAGGGACUACACUGGAAUUCCCCAGAACAUCCACCUUCAAAACGCCGCUACGAACGCCACUCCCUCGACCCGCUAGACUCAGAGAAGAAACCUCGCAUUUCAACCAGCAAUGCCAUCCACGAAUCAUCCUCGUCCACGCCAACCGUCAUCCUGCCGGACACUCGCAACCCAUCCACCGGUGGAAUGGCUUCCUCAUCUACGUCCACGUCGUCUUCCAUGACCGGAGCCGCCCUCUCCAGCAGCAAUGUAACCGCUUCUGGCAGCGCCAUCACCGACGCCGGCAGUCUCCCCAUCCAGAUCACCCCCGAAGCCCUAGCCAGCUUUCUCCAGGGCAGCCGUUCCGGCCGCUGGGUGCUCAAAUUCUUCGCCGACAAUCACCACCUGGACAAGAAGGCCCUAACCGAGCUGACGCACGUCGUUGUCGAACCGUUCCUGGUGUUCAACAUCACCUUCACGCACGCGCUGAUGCGACACUACGCCGAGGUCAUCUGCCAGCUGUUCCACUCGGAACAGGCGGAGACAUUCUACUGCCCGCGGAACAUGAUCCGCAAGAACCCGACGGGGAAGCUGUACGAUCGGUACGUCAACCAACGGUUGCGCUACAAAACCAAGUUCAACGCUCAGAGGCCGACCUUCGUGCCGGACACCCACCUGCACAGGACCUUCGCCGAGAUGAGUACGGUUACGAUGUCCGUUAUGAUGCAACAUCAUCAUCUUCAGCAACAACAGCACUUCAUGGAGUAUGCCAACGCUGAUCCGCGGGAGUUCAACGGUACGCCACCGCAACCGGAGAGUUUCAGCGAGGAGUCCAUGAACAUCUACGGCGGGGACGAGGGAUCCAUCCUGAUCGAUGGUAACUGAAGUACAAAAACGGGGGGAAACGACCAACAAGUCGUUUCGAACAAGAUAACUAAUGCAUUUACAAUAUAGAUGAGAAUUAUAGGUUUAGUGACACACCUAGCGAUGUUAGGUUGUACUAUUUUAGUUUAGUGUGUCUUUCACUGGCGAAAGAAAUUCAAAUGUAAUAAGAUUGACUCAAUUUUAACAUACGUUAAACAUAGGUGCACUAUUAUAUGUAAUAGAGCAUUUGAUGUGAUGCAACUUUGUACAAAUCGACAAUCGCAAUAAAAUCCAUCAUUUCUAGGAUA